AUGGAUUCCCCCACUUCCUCGUCGUCCGUUGCAAAUUUGUAUUACAAAGAGUUUUUAGCGGAUGAGGGUGACUUGACCGAUGAGGAGGUCGAGCAAGAGGCGGUUACAAGUAUUAUAAAUUUGUACGGUGCGCGUUACCAGAGAAAGCCCACAUGGUACGACAUUCAACAAAUUUACGAGGUCCAUUCUAAUCUCCAUGAUUUACCGGGCAUGAUCGGGAGCUUGGAUUGUAGUCACUGGCAGUGGUAUAAUUGUCCGAACGCAUGGCGAGGUCAACACACACGAGGUGACCAAGAUGGACCAUCUGUUAUUCUUCAAGCGGUUACCUCACAGGACCUUUGGGUUUGGUCGAUUUACUUUGGUAUGGCAGGGUCAUGCAAUGAUAUAAACAUUUUCGAAAAAUCUCCAUUGGUAGAGGACUAUAUUUCUGGUAGAGCUGCAAAAGCAUCUUUUUAUGCAAACGGAAACUACUACCCGCAGGGAUACUAUUUGUGCAAUGCAAUUUAUCCUAGGUAUUCGAUUGUCAUGAAGAUGUUUAGGGACUCGUACGAUGAAAAAAGAGCUUACUUUAAAAAAGUUCAAGAGUAUUUGCGGAAGGACAUUGAGAGAUGCUUUGGGGUUCUUCAACAACGGUGGCAUUAUUUGAGAAAUCCUUAUCGUGCAUAG